CUGGCGAUCCGCUGAGGGCCGGCCGUCGUGUGUCUCUUGUUACUUAGACCCGCCAGAAAUGGAGUGAAUUCGGCGCGGGGUUUUCCCGCUGUGUUCGAAAACUUUGUGUGGGUCGCGUCACGCAGGAUGAGUGAUGUUAUAGUGCCAGAUGCAUCGUGUGUGUUUAAGUGUAUGUAAUGAGUGCACGAGAAACAAGCUUGCAGAAUGAAUCCAGCACACCAGGCCAGAAUGUGACACAAGUUAUUCAGGCUGCUGGGAGUAAUGCUCCCAGCAGCAGCAGCAACAAUGUCAGUGGAGGCAUGGAGUCUCAGUUGGCCCAGCAACUCAUGAGUCCGGUAAAGGGGUCCAGCAUGGGGUCGGGUGAGGGAGAGCUGGUGAGGUUAUCAGAUCCACGCAGCUUACAUUCCUAUACACCGCACACCUCACCCGUCCCAUCUGGCCAUGCAACCCCUGUGGCAGCAGAGGUUACCCCCAACACCACCCCUUCCUCCUCUCCCCGGAGACCACUACCCAGUGUGUCUCUGGAACCUCCAGCCAAACGGAUAAAAGUGGAGGAAAAACCCACUAAUAUCUUAGAACUUAGAAAUCUCAUUAUUGAUUGGAAGAAGGUUAAACUGGAGAGUGUUAAGGAUAAGUACAAUGACCAUUUGGUGGAAAAAUUCUUUCUGGAGAAUGAUGGCAACAUGAUGGACUUCCAGUCAUGGUGUAAGAGGCCAACUCCGGAGCUGCUUCAGUACAUUCGUCAAAACAAACUGGAAGGGGAUGAGUCUCUGGAAGCUAAGUACACCAUCCCAAAUCCUCUGCAGCUUUCAUCAAGUAUUCAGGUCAAAAGUGAGCCUCAAACUGAUUCUCAGUCUCCAUCAAAAUCUGGGCUAAGCUUGACUAGCAGAGGGUCAUCCUCUCCAGUUAAGCCUAGUAAGGGCAUGGCCAGUCCUGGUGUUGCUGCAAGACAAAAGACUCCAUCUACAAGUGAGGCAGCCCCAAGUUCAACCCAGCAAGAUCAGAUGGUUGAGAAGGCAAGACAAGAAGCGUAUGUUAUGCAACGUAUUGCUGCCUUGAGAAAAGAAGGACUGUGGCCAGAGAAACGUUUACCAAAAGUUCAGGAGCCUCCGAGGGCAAAGGCCCACUGGGACUAUUUACUUGAGGAAAUGGUGUGGCUCAGUGCUGACUUUGCUCAAGAAAGAAAAUGGAAAAAAGCAGCUGCCAAAAAGUGUGCUCGAAUGGUUCAGAAAUAUUUCCAGGAUAAGGCAUUGCAGGCACAAAAAGCUGAAAAAGAACAGGAAAUGAGAACUAGGAAAAUUGCAGCAUUUAUAGCAAAGGAAAUUAGGACCUUCUGGGGCAACGUAGAAAAAUUAGUUGAAUAUAAAGUAACAACCAAAUUAGAUGAGAAGAAAAAGAAGGCAUUGGACCAGCAGCUUAGUUUUAUUGUAGAUCAGACGGAGAGGUAUUCCUCUUGGUUAGCUGAGAGUAUGAACAAACCCGUGGACUCAACAGCUGCUUCCACUCGUUCCAAUUCACCGUCACGAGACAGUCGUGUUUCUGAUGAGGAAUUUCAGCCAGUGGAGUCAUCUGAUGAUGAUGAGGGCACCAUAGCGAGAGAGGAUGACAACCCUGAGGAGCAGGCCUCCGAGCUUCAGCUGCUACAAGAGGAAUCCAAGCAGACCAUCGAGGACCUGCUGAAGGAACUCCCUCCUGGCUACUUGGACCGUGAUAGUGACACCUCCAGUUUUAGUGGUGAUGCCGAACAGCCCGAGGCCCUGGAGGCUUCAGAGGCUGCAGUGCAAGAGGAGGAAGCAAGUGAGAAAAAGGAGAAGGAGAAGGAGAAGGAGAAGGGGAUGGGGAAAGUAGAACCCGUGGACAAGGACAAAGGUGAAGGUGAGGGAGAGGAGGAGGCUAUGGAGGUUGAACAGGAGAAAAAGGAGGAAGACAGUGAGAAGGUGGAUGGUGUUGGUGAAAGAAAAACAGUUAAAGAUAUUAGAAAGAGGAAAGUGAAAUUAAAGACAAGUGGGGGUGAGGGUACAUCAAAGAAGGAAGUCGACAAAGAUUUUGAGGUGGAGGAAUCGGAGGAUGAUGAUGAAAAUACAAUUGAAGAGCAAGAGGAGAAAGAAGGGGAAGUUAACCAUCAAGAGGAGUUGAACGAUUUGCAGGCGGAAAAUGAAAUGUCAGUUGAAGAGUUGAGAAGAAAAUAUGCAGAAUUGGCUGCCAGUGCUGAACCAAUGGAGGAAGACAUCGACAACGAAAGUUCAGACGAUGAUGAUGAAGAUAAUGAAGAUGAUGAGGAAGAAGAAGAGAUGGAAGUUGAAGGCGAGGAGGAAGAGCUGCAUGAAGAUUCUGACAGGGACGAAGAGUGUAGUGAAGAAGGGGAAGAGACGCCUAGUGAUGAGGAGGAGGAGGAUCUUGGCCUCGGCUUGGCAACACUCAUGGAUGAGAAUUUCGAGACCAAGGACAAAGUUGCCAAGGGUGAUAGCGAGAAGGCAGACAAGGAGCUCCAGGAUGCCUCAGCAGUGGCAGAAGCACUUCAGCCCAAAGGCUUCACCCUGUCUUCCACUUCUGUGACUACACCCAUUCCUUUCCUGUUGAAGCACAUGCUGAGAGAGUACCAACAUGUAGGCUUGGACUGGUUAACAACUAUGUAUGAAAAGAAGUUAAAUGGUAUUCUUGCCGAUGAGAUGGGUCUUGGUAAGACCAUUCAGACCAUAUCUCUCUUGGCCCACCUCGCUUGUGAGAAGGGUAAUUGGGGGCCACAUCUGAUUGUUGUCCCUACCUCCGUCAUGCUCAACUGGGAAAUGGAGUUCAAGAAGUGGUGCCCGGCUUUCAAGAUCCUCACCUACUAUGGCACGCAGAAAGAGCGGAAGAUGAAGAGACAAGGUUGGACAAAGCCAAAUGCAUUCCAUAUUUGUAUUACUUCCUACAAGCUGGUGAUCCAGGACCAUCAGAGUUUCAGAAGAAAAAAGUGGAAAUACUUUAUCCUUGAUGAAGCUCAGAACAUUAAGAAUUUCAAGUCGCAACGAUGGCAGUUACUAUUAAAUUUUCAAAGCCAAAGACGUUUAUUGCUGACGGGAACACCUCUCCAAAAUAACCUAAUGGAGUUGUGGUCCUUGAUGCAUUUCCUGAUGCCCAAUGUGUUCGCCUCGCAUCGAGAGUUCCGGGAAUGGUUUUCCAACCCUGUGACUGGUAUGAUUGAAGGCAAUAAGGAGUACAAUGACAGCAUCAUUAAGAGAUUACACAAGGUGCUGAGACCAUUCAUAUUGAGGAGAUUAAAGAGUGAAGUAGAGCAACAGAUGCCCAAGAAGUUUGAACAUGUUGUAAUGUGCAGACUGUCCAAACGGCAGCGGUACCUCUAUGAAGAAUUCAUGGCACGAACCAAAACUAAGGAGACUUUGGCAUCAGGCAAUUUUCUGAGUGUGAUAAAUGUGCUAAUGCAGCUACGUAAAGUUUGCAAUCAUCCUAACUUGUUUGAACCACGUCCAACUGUAUCGCCCUUCAUGAUGGAGGGUAUUCUGUACAGAGCCCCAUCCAUAGUUUGGGGAAUUACUGACUACGAUCCAUUCAAGCAUGUAGACCUAUUCAGCUUAAAUUUACUUCUUGCUGACCUAGAGCUAUGCCUAACGGCAUUUGCUGCACAUCGCAUUCGCAAGUUCCAAGCAUCCAAAAGACUCAUUGAAGAAAUAGACUCUGCCCCAGACCCUCCACCAAAGUGUCCAGCUGGUAAAAUCAAGCUCCACGUGCGGCCGUCUAGUCAAAGUGUGCCUAAGCCAGGAACUUCUCCUGUGACCACUCCUAGAGCACCAACUCCUGUAGGGACUGUGCGAGCUCCAUUGCAGCAAGCUCCUGCAGUAGCAGCAGCACCUGCUUCUGUGCCAGGUGGAGGCAUGAGGUUCCAGCUGGUGCAGCAAGGAGGUACAAUAAAAGCCAUCCAGGUUGCACCAGGCACAGGCAGCAGUGGAAUGAUGGUGCAACAGACACCCCAGGGACCACGUUUGGUCGUGCCACAAAGAGUGGGCAUUAGUAACCCAACUGGUGCUGCCACUGUGGGUGGAGCACCAACAGUUGCUGGUACAUCAGCAGUUGGAGGACUUCAGCUCCUACAAACUUCAACGGGACAGCUGUUAUUAACAACAGCACCUGUACAAAAGCCAGUGAACCAAACAAUGUCUCAAGGUGUCAGUGGGACAGCAGCAGCAGCACUGCUACAGCGUCUCCAAGGGUUAAAGGGCUUGCAAGGUUCAAUGAUAACAACAGGUGCAGGUGGUCGACCUGUCUUGAGAUUACCACUACCUACAAACACUCUGAGACCGCAGACUCAGGUCUUGGGCACUGUUCCUAAUCCUGGAGUAACACAAGCAGUAGGAGGAGCAACAGCAGUACGUCCUCCUAUGACUCCUGUUCAGAGUACACCCACUGCAAGUCCUGUGAGGCCUGGACCCUCAUCCCCAGCACCUCGGUUACAGACAGCCAAUUCAACCCCAAGCACCACGCCCACCAAGGUCAUGACGAGGGUUGAACAGCGGGAGCUGGAGCGCCUAGAAGAAAAGAGAAAAGAUGAAGAGAGAAAAAGAAGCUUGUUUUUCCUUAAUGAUCUGGAUGAAAGAAAGCGAAAGAACAGAAAGGAUAAACUGUCGCUCAUUUCCAAACUAAACACCCGCCGCUGCCAUGCAUGCCCCAUCUAUGGGUCAGAUCUGAUUGAGGCAGUCAAUGUCAUUGGGAAUAUUCAGGGACUGGCCUUGAGCAAGGAUUGGUGUGGCCAAGGAAUGGUCAAUUGUCAGCAUGCAACUAUGGUCAACCCAAGAUAUUAUUGGUCCCAGACUCAAUCACUUCACAUGAUGGUGAACACUCCUGUGACCUAUCUUCAGAAGCUGAAGGAUAUGACAGACAGAUAUGUGUUCUGUAUUCCGUCAGUGGUCGCGCCGUACCCUCAGAUGAGAUUGAGUCAUCCACAGCCUUCCAAACUGUGGAUGGAUGAGCGAGUGAAGGUGAUCAUGAAGAAUGGGCUUGGGCCGAGAAUGUCACCAUUGCAUCAUAUCAUGAAUGCUUCUGUUACACAAUUCCCUGAUCCAAGACUCAUUCAGUAUGACUGUGGUAAGCUGCAGACUCUAGAUCGCCUUCUACGUCAGCUAAAGUAUGGGAGUCAUAGAGUCUUGAUAUUUACACAAAUGACAAAAAUGCUGGACGUUUUUGAAGCCUUCCUCAAUUACCAUGGACACUUGUAUUUGAGAUUAGAUGGCACAACAAGAGUUGACCAGAGACAGGUUUUGAUGGAGAGGUUCAAUCAAGACAAACGCAUCUUUGCUUUCAUUUUGUCAACUCGGUCUGGAGGUAUUGGUGUGAAUCUCACUGGCGCAGACACGGUCAUAUUUUAUGACUCAGAUUGGAAUCCAACCAUGGAUGCUCAGGCGCAAGACAGGUGUCAUCGUAUUGGACAAACCAGAGAUGUGCACAUCUACAGACUCAUAUCAGAGAAGACCAUCGAAGAGAACAUCUUGAAGAAAGCCAAUCAGAAGCGCCUUCUUGGUGAUCUCGCAAUUGAAGGCGGCAACUUCACCACAGCGCACUUCAAGAGGUCUACCAUCCAGGAUCUCUUUGAUGUUAAUGUUGCUGAACAAGAUGCAUCAAAGAGAAUGUCAGAAGUCCUAGAAAAGAAUGGCGCUCCAGAAGAGGGCAAAGAGUACUCUGAAGGAGAAAGAGUCAAGAUGGGAGCAUUUGAAAGUGCCUUAGCUGCUGCCGAGGAUGAGACUGAUGUUCAGGCAGCAAAGACAGCAAAGGCAGAGGCUGCUGCAGAGUUGGCCGAGUUCGAUGAAAACAUUCCAAUUGAAGACGGAGAAGGAGGAGAAGAAUUGAGCAAGGCUGAGCAGGAGGUAGCACUGCUAAUGAAGCAGUUGACUCCAGUAGAAAAGUAUGCCAUGAAGUUCAUAGAGUCUGCUGAUGAUGGUUGGGCUGCUGAAGCAGAGCGCAUGGCAGCAGAAAUUGAGCAGCAGAAGAAGGAAUGGGAAUUAGGGCGCCUGCAAGCUUUAAAGGAGGAGGAGGAGCGUUUGGCCCACAACUCGGAUGAUGAGCUUCUGGCUUACUCUUCUGCCGAUGCACACAAUCAGUUAUGGCUGUCUCUUUGUGGGAGGGAAGAAAUGCCAAUUUGGCAACCCCCAACCCCACCAAGAGAUGAAAAUGACGUGUACAUCGACCACUCCCUCGGCUUCUGGUAUGACUCUAGCAUUAUGCCUGAGUCGGCUCUUCCUCCAGUGUAUAUAAAGAAAGAACACAAGAGACUUAAACUAGAGCCUGGAACAGGAGGUGGUAGUGGUGAUAACCAGAGCGGGCUCCGCAGACCUCCAAAACUUCGUCGUGAAGAUGCGGUUUAUGCUCCACGGUCACUAUUUGACAGACCUUCUCCGGCAGUUGUCAGAAUCCGUCGGGAUCUUAAACUGCAGAAGUAUCGUGGUAUUGUACGUCCCAGCAUUCCUCUGCCUGGCCUCAAACCAGCUUUGCUAACCAAACCUCCAGCAGCUGAGCCAGAAAAUGCACCUGAAUGGGCCGUCCAUGAGGACUGGGCCAUUGUGCAAGCAGUACAACAACAUCUGCAGUUGGAGUUGCCCGUCAAUCUCUUGGUGCUGUCACCAGGACACACACCCAACUGGGAUCUUGUGGCAGAUUACGUCAAUUCUGUGUCCAGAUGCUACCGUUCACCCCGUCACUGUCGCAGUCGCUAUGAGAAUACCAUCUUGCCACGGGAGGAGGGCAAGCUACCUCCAGACACUCCACCUAAGAAGAUUACCAAGAAGCAGAAAUCUGGCAUUCUUCCAAAGCCUCUGCAGAAAAGUUCUCGUUCUAUGCGUACAUCUCAGCUGUUUGCACAGGAUAAUAAUAGCAAUUUUUCAUCGUUGUAUUGUACCCGGUUUGAGACAAUCAAGAACAUAGCAAUCAAGCGCACGCCAACCACAAAGCCUCCGCUCAGCAACCCCACACAUAAGAAUCCCAAGCAUGCUCAAGUCCUGGCUGAAUCAGGAAUUCAGUAUGAUGGGCCUCUAAACCCUGGCCAGGUUGCAGCUAAUCUUGCUGAGCGCAUUCAGCGUGCAAAGCAGAAAACGCAGGCAGCCCAGGAACUUGCACAGCAACAGAAAAUAUUACACCAACAGUUGCAGCAGCAGCAGCAACAACAGCAGCAACAACAACAGCAACAGCAACAGCAACAACAACAGCAACAGCAACAAAACUUACAAGCACAGCUUACUGCAAAUCAACUGCAACAGCAGCUGCAACAGCAACAGAACCAACAAAGUCCAGUUCAGCAACAAACAGCACAGUCCCAGAGUCAGCAGUUGGGGCAGCAGCAGAUCCAGCAGCAAGUGUCAGUGGUGGGGAGCAGUGGUGUGCAGCAGGUGGUUAGCAGUGGCCUGGCAAGCAAGGCGUCCUCUUCAGUGGUCCUCAGCCAGGGCACAGCCAUGACUGUGGCCACAGUGACAGCUGCCACCACAGGAAUCACCACCACAGCUGUAACAUCUUCAGCAGCUGCUGCCAUUUUAAGUGGUGUGCGCACUGCUGUUGGAACUUCAGGUGCUAACACUGGCAGAACAACACUUACUCUGCAAGAACUCCAAGUUCGUACCUCAGGAAGUAACCAAGGCACGGUUGUCAGUGUGGCUGGCUUGACCCAAGCACAGUUACAGACAGCUAAACUCUCCUCUCAGUCAUCCACACAGAAAGGUUUAACAGGGGUCUCACGGUCUCUUACUCCAGCACAACUACAGUACCUGAAACAGCAAGCCCAUGCUAGGCAUGCUUUGGCUUUGCAGCAACAAGGAAAGGUAGUAACUACUGGAGACCAGUCCAUCAAACGAGUCCAGAUUGCAGGACAGGCUGGAACAACUCAAAAGGUACAAGUUGCUGUAUCUGGAGGGACCUUGGCUGGUAUGACAGCUAUACAGGUGAGUCAAGCUGGACGGACACAGCUAGUGAAACCUGGGACAGUUGUGGCUGGUGCCAGUGGCGUUGUGACGACAGGAAAAGCUGUAACACGAACUGUGACCGAUCGGGAAGUUGCUGCCUUCCUCAAACAACAACAGCUUAAUAAAUCUGGCCAAGUGACUCAGAUAUUUUCUCAAUUGAAGGUGCAGGUACCAUCAGCACAGUUACUAGCAGGUCUACAGGUGCAAGGUGGGGCGAGUGGAGGAGGCACCCCUGUAGCCACGCUUGUGAAGACUGUCAGUGCUCCAUCCACCUUAGUGCACACACCCACAUCAGUGACACUUCCUGCUUCAGCUAUAAAUGUAACACUCCCUCAAGCCCGAGUGACAACCGCUGCCACAGUAGCAAAGGCUAACACCACACAGCAGACUGUACGUAAUAUCUCCUUGCCACAACAGUUGUUAGCCAAGCAUCGAUCGUUGGUCGGGGUGAAAGGUCCUGUUGGCCUACAGUUAGGUGGGAAAGCUGUUGGUGGCACUGGUCUGAGCACAGUGCAGAUAGUGCAAGGUGGCAGUCAGAAGCAGAUGUCCCAUGUCACUGUUCAGCAGAUCCAGCAGGUCUUUAAGCAGGUUCCACAGACCAUUCAACAUAUUACACAGGGUGGGACAGUAAGUGGCACAGUUGUAGGGAAGGCGGUAGCAGGAGGAAGUGUAUCAGGGACAAAUGUGACAGCAUCUGGUGCCCAGGGAAUUACCACCUCACACAGCACGAAGCUUGUUCCUAUGACUGUUGCCUCUCACCAGCACCAGCCUCAACCCAUAAAGCAGACCAUUCAGGUUGUAUCUGCUGGGUCUUCUGUGGUUGGAGGCAAUUCAGGCAUUCGUGUUAGUGCUGGUGAACGUUCCUCCCCCUCAGCUCUGGCACUGCAGGCUGGCAAGAUGACGAACCCAGCAAUCCUGUCACAGGUGUCUGCAGCACUUCAGGGUCAGCCCAUGUCUGUAGCAGUGAGGACACCCACACAGAGUCCUGUCAGAAUACAGACAUCAGCCCUGCAGACACAGCAAACAACCCAGACACAGCAAGGACAACAGCAGACUCAGCAACAAGGACAGCAACCAGGCGGGAGUCAGUAAACGUGACUGCUGUGGUGUCAUGAAAUGUGAAUUGAGGAUUUGACAAUAUUAGUAGUGUAUUUUUUUAUGAUUAUUAUUAUUAGACUUUGUCAACAUUAUUAGCGGAUUUUUUUAUUAUGAUUAUCAUCAGUCAUUGUAAUCAUUACUGAAAUGACUUAUAAUUAGUGAUACAUAUUUAUUGUAUUAACAAUAAUUUGUAUUGUCAUAUGUACAUAUUGCCAUUAGCAUUUCUUGAUCAUCAUUAUAUGUAUAUGUAUGUAAUGAUGAAUAUGUGAAUAAAUGUGAAUAAUUUGCAAUGCAAAUACAAAAAACUAAACAAAAAAAUGUAUAAUGUUCUCCAUUUUGACAUUUUAUGUCAUCACUGUGUAUAUGGGUUACCUCAGACCAAUAUUUGAUUUAAGGUGGGACAGAUUAUCAUAAUCACUAUCAUUAUCACUAUCAUUUUCCACCAGUAACAUUAGGUGUGGUAUUUUUUAAUGUUCAUAAAUUGGAAAUUGUGAUGACUCAAUGGAGUUGAUGUUGUUUUUUUCUCGGAAAAGGAUUAACAGCAAGUUGCAUGCUUAUGCCACACAUGCAAGUCUGGUGCUAGUACCACACGCACACUGGAUAUUGGAGCAGAUGUGCAUGUAGAGCAUCCCGUUGGAUGUAGCCAUGUAACAUCCAGUGCUUAUUGUCUGGUUCAGUGUGGUACUGGUAGACGUCCAUAUCUGGUGCCCAAUCAGGUGUGGUGUUCAUUAGGUGUAAUGCAUAUGUACUUGGCUUGAAAUUUAUUUGAUUACAGUUAUGGAAGUCCUUAUGAGUAAAAUUAUUUUAUAUUUAUAAAUAUAUGCUUUGAAGAUAAA